CCCUCUCGCCAUCGCCAUCUCCCGUACUGGCCUCUGUCAGCCUGCAGCGAUUCGCGCCUGCGGCGAUACGCGGGCGGCGAUUCACGCCUGCGGCGAGCUGCCUGAGCUUCCCGAGCGCGGGCCGGCAAUCACGACCGAUCGUGCAGAGGUGGAGAGCGUGCGUCGUGUGUGGGCGCUCAUAUUCAACCCGCGCAGCGAUAACGAGGGCAUCUACAGCCGCAGCAGCGGCAGCUCCGAGCUAGUUCUCUGCUUUGAGGACGAGGAGGGUGCCGAGCGGUAUGCAACACUGCUCGCGGCGCAGGACUUCCCGGAGGCGACGCGGGUGGCGAUGGACACUUCGACGCUCCUCGAAUUUUGCGACGAGGGAGGCUUCUCCCUCGGCCUCGUCCGCAGCGGGAAGGUUGUGCUGCCACCCGAGGCAAACGUAGGAACGUUUGCGUGGUCCCCGGGUGCGAGCGAGGAGGGUGCGGCGCUGGGCGAGGAGGACCCGAGUGUAGAUGAGUCGAGGCGGGCCCUGGAGAGGCUAUUUUCGCAGAGCUCCGACGACGGGCAGUCGGAGGGCGGACCCGCUGA